AUGAAACCAUCAAAACCUCUUGUAAACUUCCGUUCACAAAAAACUGAUGAAUUGUCGGUGAAAAUUGUUCUGUUUACACGUUUAUUGCCCAAGGCACAUCAUACAAAAUGGUCUUAUUAUGUUAUUCAAUUACUUUAUUUAUUUGCAAACAAGAAGUUCAUUCCAAACAAAUUUAAAAGCCGGAAGCAAUUUAAUUAA